AUGCAUCACCAACCGCGUUCCGAAUUGAAUGGCGCGCGCCGCGGUGGUAGUGGUAGCACUGGUAGAGUUUCGAGCCGCGUUCACCACUCGAAACCCGCCGGCGCGGGGGAAAGCCGCGGCUGCGGUAGCUGUACAGGUGCUUCCGCGCUAGAAGACGAGCAUGGGGAGGGGAGCUUUUCCACCGGCGGGAAAAUGACGCCGCCGCCGCUGUCAUCCUGCGCCUGUUCCUCCUUCCGCCGUGGCGCCGCGGUGAACGGCGCGCCGAGGUCGCGGUGGCCGAUGUGGGGCUGGGCGGCAGAGAGCGGCGCCGGCGCGAAAGCCGGCGGGAAAUCCGCGGUGCGAGAAGCGGGCAGAGCGGUCAGCGUGGAGAGCGAGGGGGAGCACGAGGAGGGGAGAGAGGAGGCGAUGCGCGGGUGUGGCGGAGGGUGGGUGGGUGGGGGAUUGUUGGAAUGGGGCAGCAGGUCAAAGGUGUCUGCUUCUGUUCUGCGGUCCGUUACGCGCCCGCUCGUGCGACUUAACAAGCGAUGGCGACAGCGCGUGGUGUGGCUAUGGCUGCUCCUCGGUCUCGCGCUCACAGUCGGCGUGUUCGUAAUCUCGGGCGUCAACAGCUUCCACGCGCGCUCCGUCUCGCUCCAGCGCAUCUGCUUACAACACGCGACUUACUUCGAGAACCAAUUCAACACCACCAGCAGCAGCGCCGCGACGAUCACGGAUUUAAUAAGGACGUAUUACCUCGCGGGCGACUCGCACCAGAGCCUGUUCGAUCUGGCGACGUACCAGUCGUUUACGAGCUCGACUCCCUACGCGCGCCCGCUCGCCGCGGUGAUUCUGUACGCGCAUAGAGUGAACGCGACAAUGCGCAGGGAGUUCGAGGCGAAUCUGUCGCAGCACGGGUUGAAUGCGUGCGUAUUCGCGCCUGCCGCGGCGGCAUCCGCGCAAGCCAAGGCGUGCUUGCCGUAUGACGAUCCCGCGACGGCGCAGGGGCAGGCGCAAGGGCAGGGGCAGGGGCAGGGGCAGGGGCAGGGGCAGGGGCAGGGGCGCGGGAAGGAGUACGGGGUGGUGAUUCUGUUUUCGAGUAACCCGGCGCUUCAGCUGGCGGAUACUGUCGUGCUGUCUCCUGGCAUGGACAUCGUCUCCUUCCCCCCAUUCGCCUCGGCUCUCGACCGCACCCUCCGCAAGGGCGUCAUGGGGGCUAUUUCCGAGCCCUUCCUUCCCUACGGAUCCUCCCCCUCCGCUUCCCCCUCCGCCUCUGGAGCAGCGCGUCCCAGCGCCACACUAGCCACGAUAGCCCAGGCCUUCCCGGUCUUCGACCCGGAUUUCAACAUCUCUCUGCUAAAAAACCCCGCAGACCUCUCCUCCUCGCUCCAUUUCUCCGCUGCUACCUCUUCCCCCUCCCCUUUCCCCGCUUCGCCCGCUUCCACCGCUUCCAUCGCUUCCCCCGCUUCCCCUGCUUCCUCACCCGCUUCCUCCUCCCCCUCGUCCUCCGCCUUCCCCUCCCCCGGUUCCCCCCCCGGCUCGCCCCGCGGCUUCCCCCCUGGUUCCUUCCCCGGUGCCCCCCCGUCCUCUCCGCCCCCCGGCUCCUCCGCGUCGCGCUUCGCCCUGACGCCAUCCCCAAGCGACCCGUCGUGGUUCAGCCAUUACAUCCGCGGGUGGGUCAUCGUGGCGUAUAACUUCACCAUUCUCUCCCACGGCCCGCUCCCCACCGCUUCCCCCAUCUUCACCGUGCUAUACAAGCGCACGCCCAAGUUCCCGCCUGCUGCUGCUGCCUCCCCCGCUUCCCCCGCCUCCCCCUCCUCCCCCACCUCCUCCUCCUCUUCCGGAGCGUCGAACCAUUCUUCUUCCACUUCCUCCCCAUCCGCGCCACCCACCGCCGUUGCUCCCACCUCCGCCGCUGCCUUCUCUUCCCCUCCCCCUCCGCCGCCGCUGCUGCCCGUGGCGGACGACCCCCCCUCGCCCGCGAUGAGCGGGGGGCCGCUGUCGUUUGACUACGAGGCUCUGCACGCGUCCGCGGGGCUGGACGUGGCGGGGAUGGACGCUGUGCGCGACUUCCCCCUCGCGCUCCCCAUCUAUUUGGGAGAUCCGAGUCAGUCGUUCCAGCUGCACUGCCGCUACAUCAACACGACAUACAUCCCGGUCUCCCCCGUGCUGUGGGCGCUCCCCGUGCUCCUACUGGUGCUGCUGAUAGCGGUGGUGCUGUGGGCGAUCGUGCGCGGGGUGGAGCGCAUGGAGGGCGACUACCACCGCAUGCUGCGCCUCAAAGACCACAUGGCCGCCGCGCUCGCCUCCGCGGAGGCUGCCAGCCGCGCCAAGGGGGCUUUCCUCGCCACCAUGAGCCACGAAAUCCGCACCCCCAUGAACGGCGUGAUCGGUGAGGCGGUGAGUGAGAGUGACGCGCAGUUGAGAGGGGUGGUGAGGCGGGAGGGGGGCCAGCAGUUUCAUCCCAUUCCCACCCCUUGGUCGCCUCCCAAAACAUUCCCACCCCUGUUUUUCCGUUACCCGCUCGACCCCGCUCCUCAUCCCCCCACUCCCCCUGCUCGCCCCAUCCUCCCUCCGUUUUUUGUCCACCCAGGCAUGCUGAACCUGCUGCUACAGACGCCCCUCGACCCCACGCAGCUGGACUACGUGGAAACGGCGCGGGCCAGCGGGCGAGCUCUCUGCACGCUCAUAAACGACAUUCUCGACCUCUCCAAGAUCGAGGCAGACCGCCUCGAGCUCGAGGCUCUCCCGUUCGAUCUACGCGCCGAGAUCGACGACGUUCUCGGGCUGUUUGUCGAUCGGACGGCUGAGAAGCCCGAGGUGGAGUUGGCUGCGUUUGUCGCGGAUUCAGUGCCGGGGAGGCUGGUCGGGGAUCCGCUGCGGUUCAGACAGGUGCUGGUGAAUCUGAUCGGGAAUGCGUUUAAGUUCACGCAGGAAGGGCAUAUCCUGCUGUUUGUGAGGGUUGCAGAUGCUGCAGAGGUGGUUGUGAGGGAUGGGAAUAGGAACCGCAGCAGCAGCCGCCUAAGCCUCACUGAUUCUGCUGCUGCUGCUGCUGCUGCUGCUGCUGCUUCUGGUGGUACUGGUGCUGGUGCUGGGAUUGCGGCUUCCGCUGCUCUAACUGUUGCCCCUGGGAGUGAUCCGAGAAGCAGUCACCCUAUCAGCGGCGGCGGCGGCGGUGGCGUCAGCAACCCACUCUCAGCGGCUCGCCUCUCCCCCACACUACCACCACCCCCCCACACCCACGUUCCCCCCGCUGCCCCUUUCCCUGCCACUCACCCGCCCGCUUUCCCCCUCCAACCUACCCUCCCCCCGUCGGCCCCGUCCCCUCCACCCUCGACCCCGCCUCCCCCGCCGCCGCUGCCGCCUCGAGCAGCAACGGAGAUGGUGUGGGUGGAAGAGGAGGGGAGGGGGGAGUAUCUGAGUCUGAGUGGGAAGAGGGUGAUGGAGAGUGUGGGGAGCUGGGGGCAGGUGAGACACCUCCUGGAGGGAGGAGGAGGAGGGGAGGAGGGCACGAGGAGGAGGGGGAGCGUGAGGGAGGGACAGACGGUGCGACUGGUGAUUAGUGUUGAGGAUACAGGCUGCGGCAUACCGGAGAGAGCAAGGCAUCUCAUAUUCCGCCCCUUCACCCAGGCUGACACCAGCACCACGCGCCUGCACGGAGGAACCGGCAUCGGCCUCUCCAUCUGCCAGCGUCUGGUGAGGAUGAUGAGUGGCAGCAUGUCCUUCGUGUCCUACAUCCCUCUCGUGCUUCUCCCCUCGGGGCCCGACGAAACCUUUGCUCCUCCUCUCCACCUCAUCUUGGCUUGCUCGGACUCGGACUCUCAUCCGGAUAAGGAAGGCGCGGCAGUGGUUAAGAGGAGAGCGGGUGGGGCGGGUGCACGGGGAGGAGCAGGAGGGGGAGUGGCAGGAGCGGCAGGAGGGUCGGAAUGGGUGAGAGGUGGUAGCCAUGCGGUGAGCUUUGGUGCAAUGGGUUCCAUAGGCGGAGAGAGGGAGACGAGAGGAACGAAUGGGCACUGGGUCCCUGCAUGUGAGGAGCCAUUUGCUUCUGGUGCUGCUGGCAAUGUUGCUGGUGAUGCUGCCGCCGCUGCUGCUGCUGCUGCUGCUGCUGCUGCUGGGCCCGGUGGUGUUGUGGAUGGGGCGUUAGGACGGGAGAAUCCAGAGGAGCAGGAGCAGGAGCAGCAGGAGGAGCAGCAGGAGGAGCAGCAGGAGAAGGAGAAGGCAGUGUCGCUGGUGCUAGUGGAACAGAGUGCGUUGACUGUGCGGGGAAGGAGAUUCUCUGGGAACGAGAUUCGGGCCCUCAUUGCUCGCGCCCUUGACCCUGCUGCUGCUGCCGCUGCCGCUGCUGAAUCAGGCAGAGCAGAAAGAGCAGGGGGAGCAAAGGGGGUAGGACGAGCAGGAGGAAGGGCAGGGGCAACAGCGGGGUCAAGCAUCAGCCGUGCACGCAGCAGCAAGCAGGUGGUGCUGCUGCCGAGCAUAGCUGUGCUCGUGCAAGCUCCACCCUCCAACCCCUCCACUCUCGCCGGAUUUGACGGCAUGGUGAGGAAGCCUCUCAGGCGGAGCGCCCUGCUAGCUGCUCUCCCGCCUCUCAUUGCCCUGCAGAGGGACUGCACCAGCAGCUGCAGCAGCAGCAGCAACAGCGGCGAGUGGAGGGCGGAAGGGAAUGGAGUGGGAGGAGCGGGAGGAGCGGGAGGGUCAGGAGGAGGGGUUGCUGUCAGGGAGGGUAGUGCUGCAGGUGGGGAGAAGAAGCGGGGGGCGCCUACACGUCCAUCUGCUGCUGCUGCUGCUGCUGCUGCUGCUGCUGCUGCUGCUGCUGCUGCUGCUGCUGCUGCAGAGGAUGGUCGUAUGCCAGGAAUGGACGGGCUGGAAGCUACUCGAAGGGCGAGACAGGCCGAGCUGCAGUACCAACGCAACCAGCAGCAGCAGCACCAACAUUUGAGGCGCCUCAAAAACCCUCCCAACACACACACACCCACUUCUCCCUCUCUCCCCCCCCUCUCAUUGCAGAUGCCUGGAAUGGACGGGCUGGAAGCUACUCGCAGGGUGAGACAGGCCGAGCUGCAGUACCAACGCAACCAGCAGCAGCACGAGCAGGAGCAGCAGCAGCAGCAGGAGCAGCAGCAGGUGGUGUGCACGCACGUGCCAAUCUUUGCCCUCACAGCAGACUCCAUUGGGGAGGUGAGGCAGCGCUGCGAAGCUGCCGGCAUGGAUGGGUGCCUCUCCAAGCCCAUCGAGGAGCGCGAGCUCGUGAAAGCACUCGCUGCUGCUGUGCCAGCGAGAGGGUAUUCUUCUCUCGGCGGUCCGCAAUCCGCGUUUGGCGGCGUGCCGCACUAUGCAGCCUCGUCCGCGUCGUCCGUUUACUCUCUCCUGCUGCCGUGCACUUGCCUGUUCCUGGGUUUCCUUCUCGCGUCCUUCAUUUUCAUAAGCUCUAGAUCGCUGAUUGCCGCGCCAUCGUGGGUCGCGAUUCACGGGCAGAAGCAGCAGCAGGGGUUAACGCAGGAGCACGAGGAACAGAUUUCACUGCAACAACAGCAACAGCAGGAGCAGGAGGGGCAGCAGGAUGAUUUUUCUCCGACUGAUAGCAGCAGUGCUGGUGCUGAUGGUGAUGGGAACGGGGAGGAUGCGGUAGGAGAGGGAGAAGGCGCGCAAGAGAACACCGAGAAGAGCAGGCGGUUCGGGCCUCGGGAAUCAGCCAAGAAAACGGACAGAAGUGGAGGGGAAACGGCAGGGGAGGAGGGGGAGGAGGUGGAGGAGAAGAAGGUAGUGCAGGAGAGUGUUGAGGGAGAGGAGGGAGAGGAAGGCGUAGAGAGUCAGGCCGAAGGGAAGUUGAGAGAGGCAGAAGCGAUGCUGGAAGGUGUAGGGAGGGCGAGGGAGAGGCGGGAGGAGGAGCAUUUGGAUGAGAUUAUGAAGAGGCUGAAUGGUGCGGAAGGGGACGAGGGGGCGGGUGGGGGAGGCGGGAAGAAGAAGAAGAAGAAGAGGAAGAAGGGGGCAGAAGAGGAGGAAGAAGAGGAGGAGGAAGUAGUUUCUGGGAAGAAAGGAGGGGAAGGUGGCAGCAAGAAAAGGCAGGAGGUAGAGGAGGAAGAGAGCGGAGAAGGGGAGGGCAAGGAGGAGGAGAUUAUUGAUGAGCUUUUGAAGGGGAUUGGUGGGGGAGAUGAGGAGGAGGAGAAGGAGAAGGGAAGAGAUGUUGGCAAAGGAGGAAAGAGGAGUGAGGUGGGGGAAGAGGAUGCACAUGGUGGUGGUGCUGGGAAGGGUAGCAGCAGUGGCAGCAGUCAUGGCAGUGAGAAUGGUGAAAAAGAACCAACCAGGGGAAUCCAUGAAGGGGAAGACUCGAUAAUCAAGGCUGCUGCGACAGAGAAGGGUGACGGGGAGGGGGAGCAUGCAGAGGAGACGAGAGAAGGCGGGGGUCUAGGGGAGAAGCGGGAGGAUACAAGUGGAGUGGCAGCAUUGGGCAAAGGGAGUGCAGUAGGGGAGUUGUCUGGAAGCCCACAUGGCAGUAGCGAGAAAGAUGGCGUGGAGGAAGGCUCAGCAUCUAAAGAGGCGUCAGGAGAUGCGGUCAGAGAGCGGGGAGCUGGUGGCGCCGGUAGUGAGGGCUCAGGUGGACUCUCAGGUGUUUCUUCAGUGGAUGUUCCAGUAGGAUCGAAGGACCGUGUUAGCAGUGAGGAGGAAGGAGAAGGUGCAGGUACGCUUGGGGAAGGGGAAGAUGGUGAGAAGGGGAAGGGAGGCGAGGAGGAAGGAACUGAUGAAGAGAAGGAAGGGGCAGAUAGCAGCAAAGGAGAGGAGCAGGGUGAGAGCAUUGAGGGGAGUUCUGCAGGCAAAGGCAAUGCGGGCAACUCGGGCGAAGCUGAUAGCACCAGUACGCCUGCGGUUUCUGCUGUUGGCCAUGCUCCUGCCUCUCUCCCUUCCCCAGCCACAGCAGCAGCUCCGGGUUCAGCCAGCGAACAAGGGGGAGUGCGAGGCGGUUCAGAUGGGUCUGAGGAAGGCAGCCAGCAGCAAGGGCAAGAGCAGGAAGCAGGGCAAGAGCGCGAGAAACAAGAUGUGGAACAGCAGCAAGGCACAGGGGGGGACGCUAGCAUCCAAGGAACUGCUGAGGAAGGUGCUUCGAACGAUACUGCUACUGCUGCUGCUGCUGCUGCUGCUGCUACUGCUACUGCUACUGCUACUUCGCAAGGCUCUCAUCCUUCGGUAGAACCUGAGGCGUCCAACAUGUCAGGAGCUUCUGAAGAUGGUUCUGCUGCUUCUGCUGGCGCAAGCGCUCCUGAUCCAGCUUCCAAUUCCUCCUCGGGAUCAUCAGGCGUUUCAAGUGAUCGAGGUGGUGGCUCUGAAACUGUGCCUCCAGACUCAUCGGCCUCUCAAGGCAACGCAAAGAAGGGCCUCUUUUCGUGGCUGGGGUUCUGA